AUAAUUUCUUACAGAAAUUUUAUUAUCAAGAACUGGUCCUCUGAUGCCAGACUUGAUGGAAAGACUGCCAUAGUAACUAAUGCCAACACCGGCAUUGGCAAAGAAGCAGCUCGGGAUCUUGCCAGGAGAGGGGCCAGGGUUAUUUUGGCUUGCAGAGAUAUGGAAAAAGCAAGGGAUGCAGCAAACAACAUCAUUAAUGACACUGGAAGCAACACUGUCAUCCCAUGCAAACUGGAUUUGGCAGACACCAAGUCAAUCUAUGAAUUUGCAGACCAUAUCUACAACAUGGAGAAGCCAGUCAGCAUUUUGAUUAACAAUGCAGGAAUAGCAAUGUGUCCAUAUUCCACCACGACUGACGGCUUUGAAAUGCAGUUUGGAGUCAAUCAUUUAGGACACUUUUUUCUUACCUUUUUACUGUUGGACCUGUUAAAGCAAUCUAGCCCUGCCAGAAUUAUCAACCUUUCUUCUAUCACACACUCCAUGGGAAAGAUCCAGUUUGAUGACCUGAACAGUGAGAAAAGCUACCACCCUGUGAAAGCCUAUGUGCAGAGCAAGCUGGCCAAAGUCCUCUUCACUCGAGAGCUGGCCAGAAGACUGGAAGGGACCGGGGUGACAGCCUACGCUGUGGACCCUGGAGUUGUUUACACAAGCGCAGUCAGGCACAUGAAAAGUUUUAUCCAGAUGUUUGUGAAAGCAUUUCAAUUUCUCAUCAGAACCCCAGCUGAGGGAGCCUACACCACUCUCUAUUUUGCCGUGACACCAGAAUUGGCAAAAGAGUCUGGAAGCUAUUACUGCAACUGCACCCGAGCCAAUUGCUCCAGAGCUGCCAGCGAUGAUGAGUCUGCCCGGAAACUCUGGAAAGUCAGCUGUCACCUGCUGGGAAUCAGGUGGAGAUGAAGAGCUGCUGCAGCACCACCCCCUGGACACUAUUACUUUCAGUGUCAUUAUUAACAAAUCUUAUCUAUCUAUCAAAGAAAAAUAUUAAUGUAAAAAAAAGCAAAAGACACAAUUCAUAUGACCAUGGCAAGCAAGUCCUGGCAAACACAGUGAGGAAAUAACAGAAAAUU